AUGGGAUUUCCGCCUAAUCAAGCACCCUUUCAAUCUUUAUCUACCAAUACUAAUAACAGAUUACCAAAUAGUAAUUCGCAAUUAAAUAACGGAUCAUCGGCACCAACUAAUAAUACAUCAUCACAACCUUCUUCCACGAACGGUCUUCCACAGAAUUUCCCUAGCGUUAGAUUUUCAUCACAUCCACGGAGUUUACCAACAUCUUCUAAUCCUGAUUUUAUUAGGUUUCAACAAAUAAUGCAACGUCCGCAAACUUUUUUUCAUCAAUUUGGAUCACAUUCACCUUUUUUCACAAACAAUGUUUCUCCACCACCAGCACUCAGGAGGUAA